GGACCAGUCCCGUCGAGUCCAGAUGAAUUGCAGACUCCAUGUCGUCUUCUUCUUAUGAUCUUAUCUAUCAACUACAUAAUGAUAACAAAACCUUAUCUGCAACCACAAGAGAGAGAGAGAUGGAGAGAGAUAAAGAUUAUGGAGCUUUUAUGGAGAGAUUUACAGUACAACCCACCCCUUCUUCUCAACAGCGUCUCUUGGAUGGCCUCACUUUUGCUGUCAAAGAUAUAUUUGAUAUGGAUGGACAUGUGACUGGAUUCGGAAACCCCGAUUGGGCUCAAACUCAUUCACCUGCUCUAGCGACAGCACCAGCUGUUUUGGCUGUCUUAAGGGCUGGUGCAACAUGUGUGGGUAAAACUGUGAUGGAUGAAAUGGCAUACAGCAUAAAUGGAGAAAAUGUACAUUAUGGCACACCCACAAAUCCCUGUGCACCAGAUAGAGUACCUGGAGGAUCUUCUAGUGGAUCUGCUGUUGGAGUUGGAGCAUCCCUUGUUGAUUUUUCCUUGGGAACUGACACUGGAGGAAGCAUUAGAGUUCCUGCUUCAUAUUGUGGAAUUUUCGGCUUUCGACCUUCUCAUGGAGCUGUUUCAACUGCUGGUCUAGUUCCAAUGGCCCAGAGUUUUGACACUGCGGGAUGGUUUGCAAGGGAUCCUGUGAUAUUGAGUCGAGUUGGAAGUAUAUUAUUGCAACUUCCUGACAAUGGUCUUGUGAGACCAUCCAAAAUUAUCAUAGCUGAAGAUUGUUUCAAGCUUCUUAGCAUCCCUAGUGCUCGAAUAAAAAAUGUUCUUGUGGAAGCAGUGAAACAGAUAUAUGGAGAUAAUACAUUAAGUUAUGUAAACCUGGGGGACAAUGUUGAGCACAAUGUUCCAAGUCUUAAGAAUUUCAUGCGCAAAGAUAUACAAAGCCAAGAAUUUAACAUAGAGCCUUUAGUGGCUUUAUCAAAUGCCAUGAGGUUACUUCAAAGGUACGAAUUCAAUAAUAAUCAUGGUGAGUGGGUCAAAACUGUUAAACCUCAUUUGGGUCCAGGAAUAGCUGAAAGGGUAUGGGAAGCCAUUAACGCAAGAGGUGAUAAUAUUGAUGCAUGCCUCUUGGUUAAGACUGAGCUGCAGGCUGCUCUCAGAGGUCUCCUAGGGGAUCUUGAUGUACUUGCCAUCCCCACAGUUCCUGGACCUCCACCAAAGCUACAAACAGAGGCAGCUUCAUUGGAAACAUUUCGAGUUAGAGCAUUUAGUUUAUUAUCUGUGGCAGGAGUAUCUGGAUUUUGCCAGGUGAGCAUACCACUAGGGAUGUAUGAUAAUCUUCCCGUGUCAGUGUCUCUGUUGGCAAGAAGUGGCUCUGAUAAAUUCUUACUGAAUACUGUUGAGACCCUUUAUGGAACCUUGAAAGAGCAGGCUGAGAUUGCAGAGAUACCAAGUUCCUAGAUUCAGUUCAUGAUAAUGUCUAGUAUAUCACCAUGCAUCUAUACUUAACGCUGAAAUGUGUUAUUUUUUUUAAAUUUCGCCCGGUCAUCCCCCGGCCCGGAUUAUAAGGCUCUUCAGGAAGAUAAUCAAAUCGCGAUGAUUCACUUCCUGAUGAUAAAACCAUACUCUUGGAUACAAACUUUUUUGUGUUAAAUCUGGUGAGACUUUUGAUCAACAGAGACAGGAAUUUGCAGAAACAACGGUGGAGCAGUAAAAAACAAGUAUUUUGCUCGAAGCUUAAACUGCAUUGCCAGGAGCAAAAAUCUUUGAUAGAGUUUCAUCAUGCUUACAUUUCAAGAAUUUAGGUGUUGUAAGAGUUGGUAAAAUUAUUCUCAUUUGGUCUGGUUUAAACUAACAUUCUCUCCUCGUCACUUCAUGAUGAAUCAUGUACAAUCUCAACCUUAACAAUAAAGCAAAACAGCAGCUUUUAUAA